UUGGCGCCACAUGGAGCGCACGUGUUGGCCACUACCGUGGGCAUUUAAGCUCUCGGCUGAGGCUGCGCGAUUUAAGUUGCUCGGGACACUCCUUUUGAACAACAACGGCAAUUGUAAUAUCCCAACAACAGCACGCUACUUUGUGCACAGAUGGCGCGGAACUGCGUCCUGCUGGUGCUGGAGAACUACAUCAAUGGCGAGUUCGUGGCCAGCGAGACGCACGUGGACUCGUUUGAACCAUCAACCGGCAACGUGUACUGCAGAGUCCCCGACAGCGGCGAAGCCGAGGUGAACGCCGCGGUGGAAGCAGCCAAGCGUGCCUUCCCGGCGUGGGCUGCCAGGAGCCCCCAGGAGCGCGGCAGGAUCCUCACCAGGCUCGCUGAGCUCAUCGAGUCCCGGCUGGAGGAGCUGGCAAUAGCAGAGUCCCAUGACCAGGGAAAAACAGUGGAACAUGCGAGAACGGUGGACAUCCCGCGCGCCGCGUACAACUUCAGGUUCUUCGCGUCCGCCGUGCAGCACUACACCACCGAGUGCACGCAGGCUGACCACGUGGGCUGCAUGCACUACACGGUGCGCAGUCCCGUUGGAGUGGUUGGGCUGAUCAGCCCGUGGAAUCUGCCGUUGUACCUGCUCACGUGGAAAAUCGCUCCAGCCAUAGCCCUGGGAAACACGGUGGUUGCCAAGCCCAGCGAGUUGACCUCUGUGACCGCGUGGAUGCUCUGCAUGCUGCUCAGGGAGGCUGGCGUGCCGCCCGGCGUGGUGAACGUGGUCCUGGGCACGGGCCAGAAGGCGGGCGCCGCCCUCGUGGGCCACCCCGACGUCCCGGCUAUCUCCUUCACGGGCAGCACGGCCACGGCGUGCGACAUCACCGUGCGGAGCGCCCUCCACUGCAAGCGACUGUCCCUGGAGCUCGGCGGGAAGAACCCCGCCGUCAUCUUCGCCGAUGCUGACCUCGACGCCUGCGUGGCGACCACCGUCCGAUCCAGCUUUGCCAACCAGGGAGAGAUCUGCCUGUGCACAAGUCGCAUCUACGUGCAGAGGCCCAUUUUCAAGGAGUUCCUGGAAAAGUUUGUCAAAGCAGCCCGUGCAUGGAAGGUGGGACCUCCAGAUGACUUCACCUCCAACAUGGGACCCCUCAUCAGCAAGGAGCACCUCGCAAAGGUGCGGGGCUAUGUGGAGCUGGCGGAGCGGGACGGCGGCCAAGUGCUGUGUGGCGAGGGAGUGGAUCCCCUGCUGCUGCCCCCGCGGUGCCAGGGCGGCUACUUCCUGGCGCCCACGGUCAUCACGGGCGUGCCCGACGACUCGCCCGCCAUGCAGGAGGAAAUCUUCGGACCGGUCGUGUGCGUGUCACCCUUCGAGGACGAGGACGAGGCGGUGACCCGCAGCAAUGGCGUGCGCUACGGGCUGGCGGCGGUGGUGUGGUCCAGGGACGUGGCACGAGUGCAUCGCGUGGCCAAGCGUCUGCAGGCUGGCAUCGUGUGGACCAACUGCUGGCUCAUCCGCGAGCUCAAUCUGCCCUUCGGGGGGAUGAAGGCGUCGGGCAUCGGGCGCGAGGGGGCCAAGGACUCGUUCGAGUUCUUCACCGAUGUCAAGACGAUCACCAUCAAGCACUGAUCACACGUGAUCUGUGUGCCACCUGACCAAGCCAAUCGGCGUGCUAAAUCAAAUUAAAAAUCCUUCAUUCCUUUUACAGUGAGGGAAAAAAGUAUUUGAUCCCCUGCUGAUUUUGUACGUUUGCCCACUGACAAAGAAAUGAUCAGUCUAUAAUUUUAAUGGUAUGUUUAUUUGAACAGUGAGAGA